AUGGUACUCAGCUUCAGGUCAUUUCGCCUUCGGUUUUUAUCCACAAGGAAGUGGUUACAAGUUUUGAAAACAAAUAACAGUGAGGAUAAGACUGUUGCAGCUAGUUCAUCAGAAUCUGCUUCUUAUGCCAACUUGCUUGAUAACGGUAACUUUGUUCUUUACAAUCAAGAUCAUGAAGCUAUCUAUGAGAGCUUCAGGUCUCCUACUGAUACAAUUUUAGGUGGCCAGAAAUUAACAAGUGGGGGUAAAUUGGUUUCUAGUUUCUCCUCCACAAAUCAUUCCUCGGGGCGAUUUCGCCUCUUGAUGCAGGAUGAUGGGAACCUUGUUGCAUACCCCAGAUACUUGUUUCGGCCAGUGGAUGCCUAUUGGUCUUCACAAAUUUAUUGUGAUGGUUGCAGAAAUCUCCUGCUUCUUAACAGCACUGGCAUCUUAUUUCUGAUCAAUAACACCGAUUCAUCAGUACUUCGACAAUUAUACACUCCACUUGUGCAGAAUGACAGAGCUAUUUAUCGGGCCACUCUAGAUUAUGAUGGGAAUUUUCGUCUCUAUUCUCACGAAUUCAACUCCAAUGGGAAUUCUAAAAUGGUAGUGGAGUGGGAGGCAAUUGAUGAUAUUUGUCUUGUGAAGGGUUUCUGUGGCCUUAAUGGCUAUUGUGUUGGAAGUAAUCACAAUGCACCGUCUUGUAUGUGUCUACCAGGGUCAUACUUGAGAGAGAAUGAUCCAAGCUUUGGUGAUUGUCAAAGGAACUUCACCAGAGGAAAGUGCAUUAAUGGGAAAGAAGAUGUAAGUGUCUACAAGAUUACUACCACAACCAAUUUGACCUGGGAGGAUCCUCCUUACUUUGUUACAUCACUUCUAGGAAAAGAAGAUUGUGGUAAAUCUUGUUUGGAGGACUGUGAUUGUGAUGCUGCUCUUUUCGAUGAAACUGGCCAGUGUAUGAAACACAAGCUGCCUCUGAGGUAUGUCAAAGGUGCUCCUGAAGGAUCUCGCACUGCUUACUUCAAAGUCAGCAAUCUAGCAGUGCAAAAUCCAACAACGGAUUCAGUGAAGCCACCAUGGGUGGUGAUCUUGGUUUUAUCGAUAAGUUUCGUUAUGUAUUCAGGUACUGCUCUUGCAUUUUCAGGCUUUUAUGUCUUCAAAUUCCGGAUAAUAAAGUACAGGAAGCUACUUCAGACAGGAACCACAGGCUUAACGAAAGAUUUCAUACUCAAAACUUGCUCUUACAAGGAGCUAAAACAGGCAACGGAUGGUUUCAAAGAGGAAUUAGGAAAGGGUGCUUUUGGAGCAGUUUAUAAAGGGAGCUUUGACAAAGGUAAAAACCUUGUAGCAGUGAAGAGGCUAGAGAAGGUAGUGGAAGAAGGUGAAAGGGAGUUCAAAGCAGAAAUGAGGGUCAUAGGUAGAACUCGACACAAAAACUUGAUUCGUUUGCUUGGAUAUUGUGCUGAAGGAUCAAAAAGAGCUCUUGUUUAUGAAUAUAUGAGCAAUGGUUGCCUAGCAAAUCUGUUGUUCCGAGGAGCUACUCGGCCGGAUUGGAAUCUAAGAGUAAAUAUUGCACUAGAUGUGGCCAGGGGAAUCCUCUACCUCCAUGAAGAAUGUGAAGCUCCAAUUAUCCACUGUGAUAUAAAGCCACAAAACAUCUUACUCGACGAGUUGUUGACAGCUAAAAUCUCAGAUUUUGGUCUGGCCAAGCUGCUAAUGCCUGAUCAAACAAGAACUUUCACUGGUGUAAGAGGGACUAGAGGGUAUUUAGCACCAGAGUGGCAAACAAAUGCCCCCAUCUCUGUCAAGGUUGAUGUCUUCAGCUAUGGUAUUGUAUUGCUAGAAAUCAUUUGCUGCAGAAGAAACAUUGAAGUCUGUGUGACUAAAAUAGAAGAAAUCCAGCUUUCUAUAUGGGCAUAUAGUUGCCUUGUUGAAGGUGAAGUAGACAAGCUUGUUGGAAGUGAAGAAGUAGACAAGAAAACCUUGGAAGGAAUGAUCUCUGUGGCGAUUUGGUGCAUUCAGGACGAACCAGCUCUUCGUCCUUCCAUGAAAAAAGUAUUACACAUGUUGCAGGGAAUUAUUGAUAUUCCAAUUCCUCCAUGUCCAAGUCCCAGUAGUUAA